AUGUCACAUUCACCAGCUCUGCUAAAGACUGCAGUGCUUCAAGCUACAAAGACCCAUGGUGAUGAAUCACAAGCCGAAUUCUCCGAGGUAUCGUCCUUGUCGUCCGAGCCUAUUAUCAGCAACAACAACAACAGCAGUAAUGGCAGCAAUGACAUGAUCACCACCACGAUUGACUCGUCCACUACAACCACCGUUCUCUCAGAGGGUCCAACAGUGGAAAAGACGCAAUCAACGUCCACCACCAUUGCUGAAUCACAGACAACGAGUGCUCACCAAGUGCAUAAGAAACGUCGACUCUUGUUCAAAGCGCGUAUGUCAAAGUUUGAUAUCUCCAAUCCUGAAACAUCAAGCGAUCCGUUUCGUGGCUUCUUUACCUUGUUUUGGCUUGUGAUGGCAUUCUACGUGAUUCAAACGGCCAUUCGAUGCUAUGAACAGGAAGGGGUCAUUCUUAGUCUUGGCUUUUUUCGAUUAUUCUCCAAGGAUGGUCUUGCUUUGCUUGUAUCCGAUAUGACGAUGGUGGCUACGACCAUGUGCAGCGUUGUGUUUUCAAAAAUGCUCAUGUUGGGGAUCAUUCAUUACGAGACAACGGGGUGGGUUAUACAACACGUGUGUCAAACCGUGUUCCUGUUUUUCAAUAUUUAUUGGACGUUUUGGCGUGAUUGGCCAUGGGUUCAGUCAGGCUUCUUUACGCUGCAUACCAUUGUCAUGAUGAUGAAAAUGCACUCCUACACGGCGUUCAAUGGUGAGCUGUCGAUCAAGUAUCGGCGUCUUAAAUCCCUCAAGGAAUACAUCCCCAAAUGGAUUGCUGAGCACAAGGAUGAUCAUGCCGACGACGACAACGACUACAACAAAGAGCUCGAAGGGAUGGAAUCAGAGGUGUCAUUUCUACAAGAUGAAUUGAUCCAAGGCAAUGCACGUUAUCCAGACAAUAUCACUUUUGCCAAUUACUUUGAUUAUCUUUUGGUGCCAAGCUUAGUCUAUUCCAUGGAGUAUCCAAGGACUGAAAAGCCUUGGUAUGUGUUUGAGAAAACAGUUGCUACCCUGGGUUCUUUUCUUUUGCUCUACAUCACCACCGAGCGUUAUAUCCUACCCAAGUUGUAUGAUCCCAACACAUCCGAUCUCCGCGUCAGCAUCGAGUUGUUGCUUCCAUUCAUGACAAAUUACCUUUUGAUAUUCUACAUCAUCUUCGAAUGCAUUCUCAAUGGAUUUGCAGAGAUCAGCAGAUUUGCCGAUAGAAACUUUUAUGACGAUUGGUGGAAUAGUAUUACCUAUGAUGAGUUUGCUCGCAAAUGGAACAAGCCCGUGCACCAUUGGUUACUGCGUCAUGUGUAUGCCCAAUCCAUCGAGUCUUAUCGUUUAUCUAAGGCCAAUGCCACCUUUGUUACAUUUUUAUUCUCGUCAUGCCUUCACGAGCUGGUUCUGGUGAUCGUUACGCGACGUAUUCGCAUGUAUUUAUUUGUGCUGCAGAUGUUGCAGCUCCCCUUGAUCAUGAUCGGAAGACAUCCGCUCAUCCGCAAGUAUUCCAUGGUCGGCAAUAUUGUCUUUUGGUUGAGCAUGUUUGUGGGUCUCCCUUUGUUGGCGAUCCUUUAUUGUAGAGAGGCCUUUUGGUCUGACGCUAUCUUUGGCACACAUAUUCAUUCCCAAUAA